GCAAAAUAACAAAGAAACAUAUAAAUCCAGACGGCACGUUACAGCUAUACCAGACAAGACCGAGCCUUCUCGGAUCGAACCCGGAAACUCCCAAAACCAAAAUCUGAAUCAUUUGCCAGCAAGGCCGCCCAUUAGAAUAAGUCCACAUUGAAACCAUCAACAAUGGUCAGAAAACUCAUACUUUUACAACGCGGUCGGCGGCCAUUACUAACCGAGUCAUUGGAAACCCCACACGCACUAUAAUUUCCUUCUCUUUCCAGAAUUUUUUUGAAACUCUUCAUUCUUUACGAUUCUGUUUCUUGCCAGUUUCCUGCGUAAGAUUAAAAUGAAGCCCUAGAUUUUUUAGUUUCUAUUUCUUUCCAGGUUUCAGUGCCAGAUUAAAUUGAAACCCUAGUUUCUCUAUAAUAUCGGUUUCUUUCAAGAUUUCUGAGGAAGGUAUUGAUCGGCAAGCAUGGGGUCCGAAGGGCAAGGCAAAAGAGUUUCAGAAGCACAAAUUGCAGAGCUCAAAGAGAUCUUCCGGAGAUUCGAUCGCGAUGCCGAUGGCAGCCUGACGGUGCUCGAGCUCGGCGCGCUUCUGAGGUCUCUAGGGCUCAAGCCGAGCGGCGAACAGUUGGAUUCGCUGCUUGACAGCGUAGACGCCAACGGCAACGGCCUUAUCGAAUUUGUUGAGCUAUUGAGCGUCAUAGCCCCCGAUAUCGCCGAUAAUGUGGAUAUCUGCAAUAAUCAGGAGAAUUUGCUCGAGCUUUUCCGUGCCUUCGACAAGGACGGCAACGGCUACAUAACGGCGGCUGAGUUGGCUCACUCCAUGGCCAAGCUCGGCCACGCGCUCUCAUUUAGGGAACUAACGGAGAUGAUAACGGAGGCCGACACCGACGGCGACGGGAGAAUCAGCUUUGCUGAGUUUGCAGCCGCCGUUACGUCUGCCUCUGCGGAUUACUUCAAAGGCUCUAGGCUUUGAACUAUGGUUUUCUGUCUAUUAACGGAGACUCAGAUUUGAUUCCGACUGUGUUUGAUUUAUUACAAUGGUGAUCUGUAUCUGUGUAGUGUAUCUGCUUAACCGCACAGGUUACUGUGGUUAAUGAAUGGAUUCUCGCUGGAAAUAUCCCAAAGGUUAGGAUAACAAAGUGGCUCUGGUUUAGUCUUUGGCCCCUCCUCUGAGAAAACAGUGGCUCCGAAUAAGUAUGAGAGGUAUUCAUUACUAUGAUUCAGAUCUUGUUGGCCAUUAAUAGGUUAACUGGGCUUAAUAUCUGAUUGUAAUUACAUUGUUAUGUUGUGGCCAUGGCUUUGGUUAACUGAGAUCCAUAUUUUAUUAUAAUUACAUUGGUUCUGUUGUGGCCAUUUCUAGGUCAAAUGUGAUUCAGAUCUUAAUUGUCAGAAACUUCUUUUUAUUUGACGA